UACGUUGCCCAACCCGACCUCGAGAAAUACAUGCACGUCAGCGCCGGCAAGCACACGAUCGGCCUGGGCCAAACGAACAUGAGCUUCUGCGAUGACCGCGAGGACAUAAACACCCUAGCCCUAACCACCCUCUCCGCCCUGCUCCACAAAAACACCAUCCGCCCAACCUCCAUUGGUUACCUAGGCGUAGGCACGGAAUCCCUCCUCGACCGCUCCAAAUCCACCAAAACCGUGCUCAUGCAGCUCUUUACGCCGGAAAACCCCGACAUCGAGGGCGUGGACACCUACAACGCCUGCUACGGCGGCACCGCCGCGCUGCUGGCUGCCGUCGCGUGGAUCGAGUCCUCCGCGUGGGACGGGCGUGACGCCGUGGUCGUCUGCGGGGACAUCGCCGCGUAUGCAAGGGAGGAUGCCGCCGCACGGCCCACGGGAGGCGUGGGGUGUGUGGCGAUGCUGGUGGGCGCGGAUGCGCCUGUGGUGUUGGAGGCGGGGCUGCCGCGGGCGUCGUAUAUGCGGCAUGCGUGGGACUUCUUCAAAGCGGAUUUUGGGAGAGAGGCUGCUUUUGUGGAUGGGGUGGGGUCGGGGAGGUGUUAUCUGGAGGCGGUGGAUGGGUGCUAUCGGGGUUGGGUUAGGAAGAUGACGGCUUUGGGGGAGGGGGCCACUGGGAUUGACAUCGACGCCUUCGAUUAUUUCCUCUUUCACGCGCCGAACUGCAAGCUCGUGGCGAAAGCGUAUGCGCGGCUGCUGUGGAACGAUCUGCUUCGCACCGGGAAUAUCCCGGAGGAGCUGCGGCCGGCGAGGCUGGAUGAUGAGAGUACCCUCGGGGAUAAGGGUCUCGAGAAGCAGUUGAUGGCGCUAGCGAGAUCGCGCUUUGAGGAGAGGGUGCAGCCCGGUCUGCUGGUCCCCACUCAGUGCGGGAAUAUGUACACCGCCAGUCUGUACUCCGGGCUCGUGGGGUUGCUGGCCUCCGUGCCGAGUGAGCGGCUCCAGGGGAAGAGGAUUGGCAUGUUCAGUUAUGGGAGUGGGCUGGCGAGUACCCUGUUCACGUUGGUGGUGCGCGGGGAUACGAGUGUGAUGGCGCAGAGGCUGGAUCUGCACAGCCGGUUGGCGGCUCGUGUGUCGGCUGCGCCGGAGGUGUGGGAUGAGAUGUGUCGGUUGCGGGAGGCGGCGUUUCAGCGGAGGGAGUAUGUGCCUCGUGGCGAUGUGGGGGAUUUGCUUCCGGGGACGUAUUAUUUGGAGUAUGUGGAUGAGAAGUUGAGGAGGCGGUAUGCGGUUAAGGCUUAGCUUAAUGUAAUGAAGGGAGAUGAAUUGAGCUUUAUGGUCAUGUUGGAUGGCGAGCGUUCCUAUCCUUAGGGCACUUAGGGCAAAGAGUAUAUUGUGAGCGGGUUGCAGUCGAGAUGGAGGCUGUAUCCUGUUUGCCAAAGUCUAACCAACCCCAGACUGCCGGACAGGAUUACCCAUGAAUGAAGACACAGGAAAUUGCGGUCAUGGCUGGUAGCGAGUCUGGUGUGGUGUUCUGACAGGCCCAAGUCGCAC